AUGCCUUUAUAUACCAAAUUCCUGAAGGACUUCCUCACAAAGAAAAGGAAAUAUAUCAACAAUGAGAGCAUAGUGGUAGAGGGCAAUUAUAGUGCAGUGAUCCAGAGGAAGCUACCACACAAGGUCAAAGAUCCAGGAAGCGUGACCAUCCCAUGCUCUAUUAGGGAUGUGUCUGUAGGGAAGGCUCUCUUUGACUUAGGAGCAAGCAUCAACUUGAUGCCCCUAUCCAUGUUUCGAAGAAUUGGAAAUCUGAACAUAGCUCCAAUGAGGAUGACACUCCAGCUAGCAGAGCAUUCCAUAAUAAGGCCGUUCGGGGUAGUUGAAGAUGUCCUAGUCAUAGUCUGCCACUUCACCUAUCCGAUGGUCUUUGUAAUCAUGGACAUUGAAGAAGAUGUUGAGAUUCCCUUGAUCCUGGGUCGGUCAUUCAUGUUGAAUGCAAAGUGUGUUGUGGACAUGGGGAAUGACAACUUGGAUAUGGGUGUGGAAGACCAGAAAGUCACCUUAAACAUGUUUGAGGCGAUAAAGCAUCCCAAGACUUGCUUCAAGGUGGAGGCAGUUGAGCAAGAAGCUGACCUUGCGAGGCGACACCUGAAGAAUGUGUUUCAAGAAAAAGAUGAAGCCAAGACGGUUAUGAAUCCAUCAAACCCUUCCGGUGGAUUCCCUGGGCUAGGACGACAAGCCUUCUCCCUCUUCUACUCUGCAGAAGCAACUCCUCCUCAUGCUGCAAAGCCUCUACCAUGGCCAAUACCUACUGAUGCAGAACCUUCAUCAUCUCUACCUCUAGCAGUCGAUGAUGACACAAGAGGCAUUCCUAGCCCAGAUGUCAGAGCUAAUGAUGAUUAUGUUGCGGACAUCACUGAUGCUCAUAUAGCUUGGGAUCCAGGGCCUACACAGGAUUGA